AUGGGGCUGCUCUGCUGCGCCACCAAGUGCUGCGGCUGCUUGGUGCUCUCGCAGCUCUGCGCGCUGCUACUGCCGCUGGCCGUCCUGGUCGCGCUCGGCUUCGCGUUUUACACGUACGCGAUCCCAUGGGGCGCCGACCAGAUCCGCGAGGCGCUCGCGCUCGCGCCGGACGUGGACAUCCGAGACCUCAAUGCGAGCUUUGUUGAUGCCAAUAGCUGCUCGGGCUGCGUCUUUGGCAGCAACACGCAGUGGCCUAUGACCACGACAGGGCCUCGACACUUUUUGGACUCGCAAGCCGGUGGCACGGCGUCGGUUGCCAUUGCCACGUCGUUGGCUGGUGCCGCCGUGGUCAGUACUGGCUCGAUGCUCUGGGCUUCUGCGAUGCCGAGUGCGGCAGCGGCCUUGAGUUUCUCCGGCGGGUUCUACGAGAUGACCCACAUUGUGGAACAGGCUCAAUUUGUAAGCAUGAUCAGUCAGCUGCGUCUUGAAGGUGCACCUACUUUUUUGCUCGAGUUUUCCAAGGGACUCUCGUGGACGAAUUUCAAUGUUGUCACGGGAGACAGCAACCAUGCGGGAAGUAGUGAAAGCACGAGAGGUCACGACAGGGAUGAGUCUACGCGUAGGCUUGGAGACUCGAGUGCUACAGGUGCCUUUGCAGCGGCUGAAGCGUUCGGGCCAGCAAGAUACGCUGCUUUGAUUGGCGUUGACGUUGACAAUCUCUUCUUCUACACGCUUGGGACGUUUGCCGUAGUGAUUGCCGUGCUGCACGUGUUGUUUCUGGUGAUCGUUCUGAUCGCGGGUGUGCUAACCAAGAACAAGUCGUUUGGUGACGUGGCACGCAUGUGGUAUCGCAAGAUCAUUUGGGCCGGUGUGCUGGCCCUUUUGUUGGCGCAGUACAUGUUCGCUAUGACUGGAAGCUACUUUAUCUCGACAGGAUCAUCUGGCGACUCGGCGAAUAGCUCUGGCUCACGAUACGCGAUGGGCAUAGCCGCGCUUGCCAGUGUCGUUUUGCUUGCCCUUGGACUCGGUGUCAUUGUUAUCGGGAAAAACACCGAUGAGCUCAAGGAUGUCGGCACGUACGAACACGACCAGCGCGCGUUUAGUAACAAGUACGGCGCAUAUUACGACGAGUACAACUUUGACAACCGCUUCUUCUUCGUCCCGCGUAUAUUGCUGGCGGUGAUGACUGGCGCCAUUGUUGGCGUCGUUCGAGACGCGACAACGCAGUUGUUGUGCAUUCUGGCAAUCACGAUGAUAUACAUGAUAUUGCUGCUCAUUCGCCAGCCGAACUUGCUUCGCUUCCUGUAUUAUUUGGGUAUCGCAUCGGUGCUGCUGAAGGCUGUGCUCAUUUGCCUUAUGCUCGUUGUGGCACGAGACGAUUACUUUCCGCAGAACGUGCGAGACAAUGUGGCGUACGGCAUCAUUGGCGUGAAUAUGUUCAUCUUCUCGUUGCUGUUUUUGCGCCAAGCGUACACGAUUGUUGUCAAGAUGGUCAUCGCUCGUCGCCAUAAGAAAUAUGGCAAGGAGAACUCUCGUCUGGAUGCGACCGACAUUAAUCUCGAGUCCGGCAACGCGUCUACCAAUCGCCGCAAUUACGAGCAAGUGGAGGCUACACCAAUUGGCCAUGGUGGUGUCUGGUACGACGACAAGCAGCAACAGCAACAGCACAAUCAGCAGCAGCACCAGCAACAGCACAAUCAGCAGCAGCAGCAACAGCACAAUCAGCGGCAACAGUACCCGACACAGACAAGCAAUUUAUCCGGUCACAGCACCGAGAGCUCGCGCGAUUGUCAGUCGGACACCGUUCCGAUGUUGGCGUCCCCUGAGGCCGCCCCGGUCUUUAUUCGUCCCAGAGGCGCGGCCAACCCACCCAUCUCUCGCAACAAGCAGUACUCGUUUGGAAGCUCAGCACGAAGUGCAGACGCUUUUCAGAUGAACAACGCUGUGCCCGGCCAUUCUCCUGAACCUGUUCAGGAGGCGCCGAUUCCAGCGUACGACGUGUUGGCAGCUUAUCUUGGCACGGGUCAUUCGAACGACGAGGCCGCGCUGGGUUCGUCCAGGGGGCGCUUCUCUAGAAGUCAGCACUCCUUGAGAAGCCAAAAUGCAGCUCGGGGGCAUACCUCGACGGGGGACUUGGCCUCAUCGAGAGGGCCGCCAUCGUCCAGAGGUCACUCAUCAAGAGGAGGAGCUGCAAUUGGAAAAGGGUUGUCAAGCUCUGGACUCGGCUCGCGUCCGUCGACGGUCACGCUCGACGCUUAUGUUAGUAGUUUCUCCGGCGUUGACUCUGGAGCGAGUAACUCGUCUUCGCGAAGGAGACGCAAUUUCAACAGGGAGGGUCAGCAGAAAGAAGUGGACAUUGAUGACGUGAAUAUUGACGCAGACACCGGCAAUGUAGUGGAUGGCGCGCCCUCAUUGGGUGCGUCGAGGGUGGGCAAUCCCCGUAAUGGGACCGGCUCAACACGCGGCUCACAUGCGAUGUUGAACCGGUCGUACGUGAACUUUUCGGACUCGAUGGUCUCGUCUACCAGCACAAAGCCCGACCCGACACCGGUUCCCGAGAAGCCAAAGAGCGCGUUCUCAGCAGCUAUCGGCGCUGCUGGUCCGCAAAGGAUCGGCGGCUACGGCAGUAGCCCUCAGGGAAAGAUGUCGAUCUUUUCGAAUGAGUCCGAGAGCAGCGUCGACAGUGGAAGCAGUAGUGGGUUCACGCGCUGGUCACGGACCGCACAUAGCGUGGACGAAGAGAGCGUGGAGACGAAUUUCAGCGAAGGUCAAAGCUAUGAGCUUGGGCCCCUCGGGGUGACCAUGUCCGCUUUCAAUCACCGUGAAUCGGUCGACUCGUAUGGCGAUGAAUCGAAGGCAAUCUUCUCGACCUCUCGUGUCGACUUUAGUCGAGCUACGGAACUGGGCAGUGACGAUGGUCGGUAUGUCCCGCGGCGUCAGCAUUCAGCCGCGUCGAACCAGUCGUCGUCCAACCAGUCGUUCGUGAGCGCUCAGUCCGACGACAGUGCGGGAUACUACGAUAUCGAUAUCGUCCGCAGCGACGUGCACAGCACUUUGAUUCUCUAG